UGUUGAUUAGAAUGUGAAAGGAGGUUUGAACCUGCCUGAGUCACACAGACUGAGAGAGCCAACGUGUCGUGUCAGAGAGAGAGAGAGGCUCGGACACCUUCCCAACACGGUCUGGGGAACUGGGAGGCAGAAGGGAGUGAGGUGCAGCCUCCAGCCGAGUUUGGAAAUACUGUGAGCUCAUUGCACACCCUGGACCGAGAGGAGAGGGACCGCAGCAAUCUACAGACCCUGAAUGAGCAGCAAGAAACCAUGGCGACCAAGGUGUGCAUCUCUCUGAGAGGAGUGCAAUAUUGCUUUAAAGAGUGAGUACCUGCCCAUCCCUGCACCUCCUCAACCCUGCUCCGUCAAAUCACCUUCCUCAAAACUUCGGCUUGAAACCUGGAGAGUUCGUACCUUCCCGAGGGUACCACCCCAUCCAUUGUGGGAUUGUGUUAGACUCUGGCAGCACCGUCAAACAGGAGCUGGAAUUUCCGAACAGUUUGUUCCCACGCCAGGGGAACUGGGACUGGAUGUUGAAGAGGGAAGGUUGUGUUGGGCGAGACUGAGUGGUUUUUAUUGACUGGUUUGGACACUGCAGACAGAGGGUGCACCUCUGACCAUGAGUCUGCUCAAUGACAGCGACAAUGUCAACAGCAGCACGAUUCUCAAAAGCUCCAAGUUCCCGGUCAUCCCCACAGUCAUGUUUGUCUUCGGGGUGGUAGGGAAUCUGAUUGCCAUUGUGGUCCUCUGUAAAUCUCGGAAGGAACAGAAGGAGACUACCUUCUACACCCUGGUGUGUGGGUUGGCAGUGACUGAUCUGCUGGGGACCUGCCUGGUCAGCCCCAUCACUAUCAUCACCUACAUCAACGGGAACUGGCCAGGGGACAGUGCACUCUGUGAGUACGACUCCUUUGUCCUUCUCUUUUUUGGGACAUCCGGCCUCAGCAUCAUCUGCGCCAUGUCCAUCGAGAGGUACCUAGCCAUUAACCAUGCUUACUUCUACAACCACUUUGUGGACAAGAAGCUGGCAGGUGUCACACUCUUUGCUAUCUACCUGGCCAACACCCUCUUCUGUGCCCUGCCCAACUUUGGCCUGGGUAAGACCGUGCAGCAGUUCCCCAACACCUGGUGCUUCAUUGACUGGCAGACGGAGGAACCCCUGCACGCUGUCUACUCCUACAUGUAUGCUGGCUUCAGCUCUUUCCUCAUCCUGGUCACUGUCAUCUGUAACGUGCUGGUGUGUGUCGCUCUGAUCCACAUGCACCGCCAGUUCAUGCGACGGACCUCAUUGGGCCAUGACCUGCGGCUCAGGGAACUGCGACGUCGCAGGAGUUUCCGCCGCAUGGCCGGCGCCGAGAUCCAGAUGGUCAUCCUGCUGAUCGCCACAUCGGCCGUGGUGCUGGUCUGCUCUAUCCCGCUGGUGGUGAGGGUGUUUAUUAACCAGCUGUACCGACCUGCUGUUACAAAGGACAACUCUAAUCCUGAUCUAAUGGCGAUUCGCAUUGCAUCAGUGAACCCCAUCCUUGAUCCAUGGAUCUAUAUCUUGCUCCGUAAAACUGUCCUCACCAAACUACUGGAAAAGAUCAAGUGUCUAUUCUGUAAGCUGGGUGGGCGAACCCCUCACACCAACAGCAGCUUCCAGCAACUGGGCCCUCGCCGUUCCUCAGCUACUUCCAGCCAAUCUCCCUCCUUCAUCUCCAAAGACUUGGUGAACGACAACACCUCACAAACUCUGCUCUAUCACUUUGAGUUGACCGAUGUGCUGCCGGGGUCCCUGGGAACGCGAUCGAGUCUGAAGCAAGCAGCGUCCCAGCCUGAGAUGCAGCAGGACAGUGGGGUCCUGCAGGGAGGGAGUCCCACACAGGAGAAGACAUUAGUGGCCAGCACGGACACUGACAGCUCCUUUACCUUCACAAACGAGCAAACAGGAGUGGCUGAGAAAUGUAUAUAAAACUGUGGCAGCGGUGCAGAAGGAACAACAACCAGGAGAAUUUGUACACAUUGGACCCAGGGGAAUGGUAUAAGCUGAACUGUACACAGCCCUGGAGAGUCUAUUAUCUAAACUGUAUAUUAUUCAGAGGAAUAUGGACUGAAGUGUAUGUGACCCAGAAGCAUCUCAACUGAACUUCACACUUCCCCGGGGGUGGGGAGUGGCUGGUCUGAACUAUACAUUACCUGGGACAUUAGUUUAGACAGAGCUGUGUGUCCAUGGCUGUGUGUGCUACAGCUCACACUGGGGCCCAGUAAAUAUUGUGUUUGUGAGUUAGAGUUAUCAGUAAGAUGUGUGCUCCAUUCUUCUCUGUGAGAAGAUGACAGUGUAACCCGUGAUGUGGUUUGUUUGUGUAACUGUGAUGCUAUUUCAUUGAAUUUAUCAAAUACAAUUCCAACAUCUUUCAUUUGA